CCAAUAGAAUUUCGCAGCAGCAGUGAUGUGUAGACCACAGGGCCCACCUGAGUGCCACCUGGCUUCUAGGAGCCUCCUGGCCUAUGCCCAGCUGUGCCCCCAGGCUGCCUGCUGUCUAUGGGAGACAGCAUGGUUCACAGAACAGCAUGGGGCCCGACAGAGUGACAGCCCGAGAACUGUGUGAGAACGAUGACCUGGCCACCAGUCUGGUCCUUGACCCCUACCUCGGCUUCCGCACCCAUAAGAUGAAUGUCAGCCCCGUGCCCACCCUGCGGCGACAACAGCACCUGCGCUCGGCUCUAGAGGCCUUUCUAAGGCAGCGGGACCUGGAGGCUGCAUACCGGGCCCUGACACUGGGAGGCUGGAUGGACCACUACUUUCAGAGCCGGGGCUCGAGGCAGGAGGCUGCCCUGAAGACCCACGUGUUUCGCUACCUCCGUGCCUUCCUGCCUGAGAGUGGCUUCACUAUCCUGCCCUGUACCCGUUACUCCAUGGAGACUAAUGGGGCUAAGAUCGUGUCCACCCGUGCUUGGAAGAAGAACGAGAAGCUGGAGCUGCUGGUGGGCUGCAUUGCGGAGUUGCGGGAGGCUGACGAGGACCUACUGCGGGCCGGCGAGAACGACUUCAGCAUCAUGUACUCCACGCGCAAGCGCAGCAUGCAGCUGUGGCUGGGCCCUGCCGCCUUCAUCAACCACGACUGCAAACCGAACUGCAAGUUUGUGCCCGCAGAUGGGAACGCGGCCUGUGUGAAGGCGCUGCGGGACAUCGAGCCAGGGGACGAGGUGACAUGCUAUUACGGCGACGGCUUCUUUGGCGAGAAGAAUGAGCACUGUGAAUGCUACACCUGUGAGAGGAAGGGGGAAGGCGCUUUCAGCUUGAAGCCCAGGGACCCUGAGAUGCCGCCCUCGCAGACACCUGACAAGUAUGCAUUCCGGGAAACCAAGUGUCGGCUGCAGCGAGGCCAGGACAGCGGCAGGCAAAGCCUGCUGGGCCCGAGGGCCUGCACCCACUUGUUCCCCCUACGCUGGGACCCGUUCUGCGCUGUCUGCCAGCCCCUGCGCCUGCUGCCCAGCAUCUCCCCUCUGGACAGCCUGCCGCUCUGGCUCCAGUGGCUGCCGCAGCCCCAGCCCCGAGCACGGCCCCGGAAGCGUCGGCGCCCCCGGCCCCAGCAGGCUUUUGCGCUUCCUGUGCUCCGUGAGGCCCAGGUCUCCCUGCACCCCUGGGGAGGCUGCGGCCCCCACUGCCGCUUGCGGGGAGAGGCUCUGGUUGCCCUGGGGCUGCCCCAUAGCGCCCGCUGGGCCCCCCAACAGGACUGGCACUGGGCCCGCCAUUACGGGCUGCCCUCUGUGGUGCGCGUGGACCUCAGCCGCCUGGACCCACUUCCCGCCCCUGCCACUGCCCCUGCCCUGGUUACACCAGCUGCUUCUGCCCACUCCGGCAACCCCGGCUCCAUCCCGGCUUCUGUCCCUGUCCCCAAGCAGGCCCUCGCCUUUGCAUCCUUCUCCCCUCGCAGGCGCCUGCGGCUCGUGGUGAGCCAUGGCUCUAUUGACCUGGAUGUCAACAGCGACGAGUUGUGAUGGGCAGGGCCCAGGAGGGGUUGCCUACACAUCCCUGGGGGUCUGACCCUUGACACUCUGUGAUUGCUGUUCCCUGAGCCACCCUACACAACAGGGAGCCCUGCUGCCUCUUCCCCACCUCAAGACUACAGGAGCCCCCUCUCCCCUCACCCCUUCCUCCCCAGGGAGCAAAGCCAUAAGAGGGUGAGGCCACCCCAUGGCUGUCCCCAGAAGCCAAGCCUCAGGAGGAGGUGGAACCAAGGUUGGCUUUCGGGGACCACCUCCAGGAUGGGAAGUGGGGUUUGCUCUGCUCUGCAGCUGUCUGAGGUGGGACACAGUAGGGGUGUUGGGGGUGUUGGGGUCGUAGCCCCUCACUGCCUGUGGGUCUCAGGGAGGCUGGGUGUGACCUCAUCUUUCUAUGGUGCUAUCCCUGGUGCUACUAGGGUAUGGGGGGCUCCCUCCCCUUGCCACACCAGAAUGGGGUAUGUUGGAGGAUUGAAACCACUUGAACUUUUUAUUUUAUUAAAACCUUGUUAUAAACAGCG